GCGGAGGAGGAGGAGGAAGAGGAGGAGGAAGGCGGGCGGGAUCCGGGAUGCUGCCGGCGCAGCUCGGGCGCGCGCCGCGGCACCUGCUGGUGUGCGAGCGCGGCCACGCGCGCCACCCGCGCUCGCGGCACGCGGCGCACGUGCGGGACCACGCCUACAGCUGCCGCGUGUCUUUUUUGAUCCCGGAAUGUGGGCUGCUACCUGAAGUGCUGAAAAGCACAAUUGCAGAUUUUGGAGAGUACUACCUGGUGAGGAAUUUACCCAUUCAUGAAUUGGUCGCUCAUGAAUUCAUUGAUGCUUUCGUGAAGAAAGGUUCAUGCUACGCACUUGCCUAUAAGACAAAAAUUGAUCAAGAUAAUACUGCAGCUCUGCUACCAAAUGGUAAACUAAUUCUGUCAGUAGAUAAGGACACUUAUGAGGAGCUUGGACUGCAAGGUCGCCCUUCUCGAUAUUCAGGCAAAAAAGUCAUGCGAUACAUUAUCACUGUUGACUUGACUGAUGCUGGCUUUCACCCUGAGAGUAAGAAACAUAACAGAGUGCUUUGGGCCUUGAAAGAAAAGAAACCUUUAGAAUUUGACUUCCUACUGGCUUGGUAUAAUACAGGUGCAGAGGGAUCAACAUUGAUGUCAUACUUUUCAAAAAACCAGAUACAAGCCCUGAAGCCAAAAAUAACAUUCAGCACCUUAAGGGACUUGCAGUGUCCAGUGUUACAAAGUAAUGAUCUACGAGGACAGCCAGAGGAGUCCUGCAGUACAGAGGAGCUCUUUGAAUGGCUGGGGGCUGUCUUGAAUCAAGUUAGCUUAGACAACAAAUCCUCCAGCUUCUUAUCAACCUAUUGCUGUCCUGAGCCCAACACAGUGGUGGAAAAAGCUUUUUUGUGCACAAUCACAGGCUUUAUAAUUCCUGAGAAGAUUAUUCAGUUAUUGGAGCAGCUGUGUUGCUAUUUUGGUGAACCAAAACUGGCACAUUGGCUGACCUUAACUGUGCAUGGCUUUGCAGACAGCCCUGUUUCCUGGAGAGAAAGUGAACAUGGUUUCCACAAAGGAGGAGAGAACUUGUACAACUUUGUCAUUUUUAGAAAUCUGGACUACUGGCUUCACAUGGCUGUAGGAACUCAUGAUGAUUGUCCUCCAUAAAGCUAUGUCCACAGAAGAAGUUCUCUAAUAAUCCCUUGUUACUGACAGAAAACUAAUAAAAUAUUUUUUGUACAGGUA